AUGGCGCCCAGAAUUGCGGUCCCAGAGGAAGUGCAGCGGCGGAAGAUAAUUGGCAUCAACCCGGAGACGGUCACAAACCCUUCAGCGACUGAUUUUCCAAGUCAUUGGCCAGGUGAGAACCAUGCGUGGUCCAUUGACAGGUUCAGGGAGGGUUUGAAAAUAGAUUUUCACAAAAACGACCCUCUGGAAGCUUCAUUCUCACUGAUCGGGGUUGAUGCUGCUAUCGCGAACGCAUUUCGCCGCAUUCUCCUUGCCGAGAUCCCUGCGCUCGCCAUCGAAUAUGUCUAUAUCCAGAAUAACACAUCAGUCAUACAGGACGAAGUUCUCGCCCAUCGUCUUGGAUUAAUCCCACUUAAAGGUUCUCUUGAAGGCUUAAAUUGGCUUCGCUGGUUUAAAGCACCAAAGGAAGGUGAUCCAGACAGUGGCAGCACUCACGAAGACUCAAACACCAUCGUCUUGCGGCUGGUAAAAGAAUGCACAAAGAAUCGUAGUGCACCCCCAGGCGAGGAGGACCCGACUAUACUUUAUAACAAUGCGCAUAUAUAUGCUAAAGACCUCGUCUUCGAGCCCCAAGGACGACAGGAGAAAUACUUCCAUGGGGACGGUGCUAUCCAAUCAUGCAACCCAGACAUUCUCCUGGCUAAACUAAGACCCGGACAAAAAAUUGAUAUCGAAAUGCAUUGCAUCAAGGGAAUAGGAGCAGAUCACGCAAAAUUCUCACCGGUUGCUACUGCCUCAUAUCGACUUCUACCUGACAUAAAGAUACUCCGCCCUAUCCUCGGAAAUGACGCAAUCAAGUUUGCAAGCUGUUUCCCAAGGGGUGUUGUUGCAGUUGAGAACGUGACUGCUGCAGAAGCCGCACAAGUGGGUAGCGGUUACGAAGGAAAGGAAGGAGAGAAAAAGGCUGUUGUCGUUGAUCCUUUCAAAGACACAGUUAGCAGAGAAUGCUUGCGCCACGAUGAGUUUAAGGAUAAAGUCAAACUUGGCCGGGUACGGGAUCAUUUUAUCUUCAAUAUUGAAAGUACCGGGCAGUUCAACAGCGACCAUAUGUUCUUGGAAAGCAUCAAGGUUCUAAAACUCAAGUGCCAGAGAUUGAAGCGGAAUGUUGCUGCCUUGGCUGAUAACACAGACACACAUGCGUAA